GUCGGCGCAGUAACUGGGGAAAAUAGGGACGGGGGGGACACCCACCCCGUCCUCAUCGAUGUCCCCUAUAAGUUGAUCCCUCGACGACGUGGGAACGAUGACAGCAAUCCUCAGGUGGCAAAGUCUGAUCCCAUUGUACCUCCCAUGGGGUGACGUGGGGGGAGGAGGAAGAGAUGGCACAAAGAGGAUGAAGGCUGCAACACUCCCGAUGGGGCCGACGGGUUUUGGGGUGCUGGGGGCGAUGGCGCUGGUGCUGAACUGCGGGGCAGCUGGCGCCUUCGUGUUGCACAUGGCCAGCUCCUGCCCACUGCUGGCCAAUGGCUCCCUGGGGGGCUAUGAGUUCACCGUGGCCUUCAACAAGAACCCACUGCUGUGCUAUGACCCCGAUGUCCAGCGCUUCAUUGCCUGCGAUUGGGGGCUGCUGCAUGAGUUUGCCAUUUUUCUGGCUGCUACAAUCAAUGAUUACACCACCUUGGUGCAGCGUGCAGAGGCGCGGAGACAGGCGUGCACCGAGCUGGCUACACAGUUCUGGACACACACAGCACUGCGCAAGACACCACCCCAGGUCCGCAUCGUCCCCGUCCCCAUCUCCAACAACCCCGACACCGUCCAACUCAUCUGCCACGUUUGGGGCUUCUACCCACCCUCAGUGACCAUCCAGUGGCUGCACAACGGCCUCGUGGUGGCCUCAGGUGACACCAAACUGCUGCCCAGUGGGGACUGGACCUACAGGACACAGAUGAGCCUCAGGGCCAGCACUGCAGCGGGGAGCACCUACACAUGCUCAGUGUGGCACCCCAGCCUGGAGCAGCCAAUGCAGGAGGACUGGAGUCCCAAUUUAUCCCUGAGGACGAUGGCGAUGGUGGCAGUGGCGGCCAUGGCGCUGACGUUGGGGUUGGUGGUACUCAGUGCUGGGAUAUUCAGCUUCUGUCAGCGGCCACGGGGUCCUGGUGCCGGUCCCAGUCCCCAACAUGAUGCAGGUUCUGAUUCCAAUCCUGGUACCCAAAAUGAUCCUGGCCCAAGUUCUGGUCCCCAUCCUGGUCCUGGACCCCAUCCUGGUUCUGGUCCCCAUCCCAGUUAUGGACCCCAUCCUGGUUCUGGACCCCAUCCUGGUUCUGGUCCCCAUCCCAGUUCUGAUCCCCAUCCCAGUUCUGAUCCCCAUCCCGGUUCUGGACCCCAUCCCAGUCCUGGUCCCCAUCCUGGUUCUGGUCCCCAUCCCAGCCCUGGACCCCAUUCUGGUCUUGGUCCUGAUUCUGCUCCUGAUUCCUAUGCCUGACCCUGCUUCUGGUCCCAAACCUGGUCCCCAUCUUGGGGGAUGUUUGGGGACCUCAAUGACUGGAACUCCCAUCUUCCAACACGGUAACCCCAAACUUGGGGUGAGGGGCUCUCACUCCCCAAUAAAACCAUCUGCAGCCCCAA